CCCCGCGAGUCAGUGGUCAGUGACUAUGACAAGGCAGGGAAACUACUCUUUUCUAAGAAGGGACCAUCAGCGCCUCAAACGUGCACACACAGACCGGUCAGAGGCGAGAAUUGGUCUUUUCAGGGCACAGUUCAGCUCCCGUAUGGAUGUGUCCCCAGAUCGCGGGAUUUCCAAGAAAUUGAGCCCCCUUGUGCACUUGUGAAUAAUUCCACAAGAGAGCAUUUCGGGACUCCGGGUUAUCCCGAGGCUGCCCAGGACAUUUCCAGCUCUCCAACCCUGGUUCUUUUGACAUUGUGUUCCAGGCUCUGGGCUAAGCUAGAGAGUGUUUGCUUCCCAUUCUUUCCACCGAGGGAAGCGAACGCCACCCCCACCCGCAUUUGCCUGUGAGACUCCCUCGUUGGUGAAGGGAAGCCUUCCCGGUCCCGGGAGGAAAAUGGCGCAGCUAAUUUGGUGAGGACAGCCGGCCCCGCCCCCGGAAAGGAGAGUUCACCUGGUGUCUGGGAACUUGAACUUGUUAAGAAGGGUGCUUAUUGUUCUGAACAUUUGAUUGCUCCCUCCUCGGGCUGCAUUUCAAAAACAGUCAUAUUUUAAAGGGAUUGAAGGAGAGGGAAGGGGAGGACAUGGCAACAUUCCAGAAACCAGCAUUAUUACAACACCAUAGCCAGUAUAUUUAGUUUGGCUUUUCCUAACAUAGAAAUCUUAGAAGGUGGGGAAGUGGAAAUAAAGUUUUAAAAAUGAGAGAGCAGUUUUCCAACUAUGUCAACAAAGCCUAUCGUGUUGAUGUUUUAUUGACCAUUUUAUCAACAUGCUAAUAAAAUUUCAAAUUGAAAUUUUUAUUUUCAUGGCUUUAAUCCAUGAUAGCUUAAAUACUGGGGGCCAUUAAGAGUGGAUGUAGCUAAGAGCUUAGCUAACAUUGACUUUUCACACUAUUUUUCUCAACUCUUAUGAGAAUUCUGUUUUUGGAUAUCGUAGUUCAUUUUUUGGCAUACAACAGCAGCCCUAGUAAUAGUGGAGUUGUUAAUGUGUAUAUUGUACUGAAGUUCUGUCAGUUAAAGGGUUUACUGUUUUGGUGGAAAUUGCAGGUUCCAUGAUGUUUCUUUUCUCCAUGUUUUAUAUCAUUGCCAUUUCACAUUUGCAUUUCUAUUUUUCUUCCUCUCCUCCUGAUCUUCUUAGAAAUGAAUCUAGAAUUGGUGGCUUUUCCCCCCUCCUCUUUAGCCAGUCCCACAGUUCAGUUCUUCCUGAAAACAGUGAAGAACUUGAAGGAUCAGGACAAACGUGUGUUAUGCAGGAAAAAUAAGGCUGGUUGAAACCCCUUCCUUGGGCAAAGAUUACAAACUUCUCUCCUCAUCCGCAAUCCCAGCCUGAAUGAUUGUUAUUUGAUUCCGUGUGUUAGACACCUAUAUCAUCUAUGUCUCUUUCAAGGGGAUUUGUCAAAUAAUGCUGUUUAGCUAAUUGUUGCUAGCAAUUGCAUAUUGAUAGCUGUGAUUUAGUUGGACAGCAAAUAUUAUGGCCAAAGCCAGUUUCUUGGCAUUUCAAAAACAAUGCAAUAAAAACUACUUGAGGUUAGCUGAGACUGGAAAUGCCUUUUUCAUGGUUAAUGACUCAUUUCUAUUUUGGAUGUUUUGGCUUUUUAUUGUUUAUUUUUUAAUUUGUAUUUGUUGGUUUUCAUCCUGGAUUCAUUUCCUGAUCUUGAGUCAAAAAGUCAGAUCAAUGAAAUAUGAACUAAAGUAUUUUUCUUAAGCCUAUUGAGUGAUUUAUUUUUUAAAAAAAUGUUUAAUGCAUAUGCUUUUCUUUCAGCACAAACAGCAAAACUUUUGUAAUAAUUAACUUACCUUUGCAUGUAUGGAGAACUGAAAGUCAUUUAUUUCCCUAACUUGUUCCUCUUUCGAAUAACAGAUGGCAGAUCAUAAACUGAAAUUCUUUAUUGUAUCUACACACUCCACAUUCUUUACUGUGUCCUACUACUGUAUCUUGGCUCCCUGCUGUAUUAAACAUCAUCUUAAGUA